AUGGGUGUACAAUCUAUUGUUGCUACUACUUCUCCAACAACUCUAAUCUUAACACAACGAUGGAUAGCACCAUUUGCAAAUUUUAUCAAGUGCAACUGUGAUGCCAGUCUAUCUUUGGACUUAUGCAGAUCUGGGAUUGGUUUCAUUUGUAGAGAUCACAAGGGAAUGCCUUUGAUAGUUGUAUCCGAUCUAAUUUCUUUUUCAGAUGUUAUGGUUGGUGAGGCUCAUGCUAUUCGUAUGGCACUGUUGGAGAUGAUCAAGACUGGAUUUGCGCAAGUUAUGGUUGAAUCAGAUAAUAUAAAUCUGAUUACACAUAUCCAAGAUGGUGGUGCCAUUGCUGAUUCGAGUGAUCCCGACUUUAUCUAUUUUUCUUCCUUCUUUGAAUCUUGUAGCUUCACUUAUAUUCCAUGGGAGAUUAACAACGCGGCUGACUCCUUGGCUAGGAGGGCUUUGUCGUUAACAUGCACGACUGGCUGA